AUGAAGGUCCGUCCACGGUCUACAUCGAGUUCCAGCGACCCGGUCAGCCUGACGAAGCAGUUGCACCACUGCUUCGGCAAAUUGUGCCCGUGGAUUUCCUUCCAGGUGCCUUCGUGUGUUCCCUCAGCGUGGGCAGCAACAAGCCUGGAACAAUUUGUCCUUGACCUUGCAGCUCGGUUGCACUGCAGAGUCCCCGGUAACAUGCAUUCUGUCAUGGUUCCAAUCCAGUCCAAAGCUUUGUGGAGCGAAGGUCUGGAGCAGCAAUGGCCCUGA